AUGUCGAAUAGUUCGAAAAUGGAUUGUUCCGUUGGUAAACUAGUUCAUGAAGAGUACCAUAAAAAAUAUUAUUCCCGAUUUUCCAAAAUUGAGUCUUGUACUAAGGAGGAAAAGGAUUUAAUAGAAUGGAGACUAGAGGAAACUGUAACAGAUAUUUGUAUGUAUCAUAAACUCAAGUAUUUAAAAUAUUUUAAUAAGGGUUUUGGUGGAGCUUGCUGCGAUCCAUUUAAAAGUCAUAAGGCCUUAAUUAAAAAAUCAUUAAGAGUUUUGGAUUUAGAAAUUUGUGAAACUUAUUCGCACUUGAAAUUAGUUCCGGGAAAAAGUAUCUGUACAAACUGUAUUAAAAAAUUGAAGGAAGAUAAAGAAGCUAUUUAUAUGGAUGUAGAUAUGAUAGAAGAGGAAUUUGAAGGCCUGCCAAAAAAACUUAAACGUGGAACAGUAAAACGCUGGAUAAAAAACAAGGUUCUAGAAGUCUCGAAAGCUUUUGAGAAGAUAUGUAUUGAGGCCUUCAAUUUACCUGGCGAGGCGAAACAAGAAAAUGUUGAUAAUCUGGACCAAGAUUACUUUGAAUUAAUAGAUGAAGUCAAAAAGAAAAUAUCGACGGUUGAUUACAAAAACAAAAUUAAUCUUAUAAGUAUAGCGCCCAAGUCUUGGUCUCGUGAAAGAACAGCUAAAGAAUUAAAUGUUUCCCCAAAUACUGUGAGAACAGCAAGACAAGCCAUGAAAAAUGACGAAAUCCUACCCUAUAUUAAAAAUGAAAACAAACAAGGAAGACAUUCACUUUCUAAGGAAAUGUCUGAAAAAAUAAUUCAAUUCUACUUGGAAAAUGAUAUAAGUCGACCUUGUCCAGAAUAUGUUUCAGUGAAGGAUGAUAAUGGAAAUAGGAUUCAUAUGCAAAAAAGGUUAAUUCUUUCAAAUUUGAAAGAAAUUUAUACAUUUUUCAAAGAACAGAACCCAGCUGCACAAAUAGGGUUUUCAAAGUUUGCAGAGUUGAGACCCAAGUGGUGUAUCUUGGCAGGUGCUUCGGGUACACAUACUGUCUGUGUUUGUAUCUAUCACCAAAAUUUAAAGUUAGCCUCCAACGUAAUUUCGAGAACAAUAAAUUAUGCGGAUUACAUAAAAGCAGCGGUGUGUGAUAUUAAUUGUGAGCAAUGUAUGAUGUCAGAGUGCGAACAAUGCCCCAAUGAAAAAGGAAUUGAUGAUUUUUUGUCUACAAUUCAAGAGUCACAACCAUUAGCUGAAUCUGUAGAGUACAGUCAAUGGAUCUCUAACGACAGAUGUCAAAUGAAGACCCUAAGUGAAAAUUACGAAGAAUUUAUGAAAAACUUCAAAGAACAAAUUCUGAAAACGAAACCCCAUCACUACAUCUCUAAAAAGCAAAGUAACUUUUUGCGAGCAAGAAAAGAGAACUUGGCAGAACACGAAUGUAUUGUGAUGUGUGAUUUUGCGGAAAAUUAUGCUUUUGUGAUACAGGAUGAUUGUUGA